UCGGACAAGUCUUUGUUCGAAUUUUCGGUAUAAAUUUGACACUUUCGAAUAUUUCGUUUCUUUUCCGCUAAACUGUCGUAAACAGUAUAAUUUAAGAUGGCAAAGUCAAAGAAUCACACUAAUCACAAUCAAAACAGAAAGGCCCAUCGCAAUGGCAUCAAGCGCCCAAUUCGCAAGCGUCACGAAUCCACUUUGGGUAUGGAUGUUAAAUUUCUAAUCAACCAACGUUUCGCACGUAAAGGAAACUUGAACCGCGAAGAUGCCUUGAAACGUCAUGAAGAGCGUAAGGCAUCGCAUGUUGGAAAGCCAAAGCCAAUCAAGCUAUAAAUGCCUAGGCUAGCUUACAAAUUCAGUUUUAGGAAUUUGAGAAUAUAAAUUGUGUGAAAAAAUAAGAAAAAUAAAAACGUAAACAAUUUUACAAAAAUUAAAAA